CUCUCACACACACAUUACUCUCUAAUAAGCUCACAAAAUUGCAUUUUUGUUCUUCUUCUAUUAUAUAGAAAGAGUUGAGUUUUUCUUAUUGAAAUGGCUACAAUCAACCAAGAUCAGCCAUGGCUGUUGGAAAACGGGAACCCUAAGAGACUAAGCAGAGAUCAUAAACAUGGCAGAACAGCACACAACAUGUCAUCUUCUUCACUUCGAAAAAAGUCUGACAUUAAACUUGUGUCUAAGGUCCCCUGUGCUCUCCUUCGAAGCUUCUUGGCCAAUCUCCAAGAAGUUAUCUUGGGCACCAAGCUUUCUAUUCUCUUUCCCGCCAUUCCUUUAGCCAUUGCUGCUCAGUGGUUCGGCUUUGGAAGACCAUGGGUGUUCGCUUUGAGCUUGCUUGGACUAACUCCAUUGGCUGAACGUGUCAGCUUCCUCACGGAACAGAUAGCUUAUUUCACUGGUCCAACAGUGGGAGGGCUUCUUAAUGCAACAUGUGGUAAUGCAACUGAGAUGAUAAUAGCCAUAUUUGCAUUAGCCCAAGGCAAAAUUGAGGUGGUGAAGUACUCUCUAUUAGGGUCCAUACUCUCAAACCUACUACUUGUUCUUGGUACCUCUCUUUUUUGUGGUGGAAUUGCCAAUCUUGGUAGUGAACAAAAAUAUGACAGAAGACAAGCGGAUGUGAACUCGUCGCUACUGCUGCUGGGGCUGCUGUGCCACUUGCUGCCGAUGCUGUUCAGCUACGCCUCGGCGUCAUCCACUGCGCUCACGCUUGACUCCACGCUGCAGCUCUCCCGAGCCAGCAGCAUUGUCAUGCUCAUGGCCUAUGUGGCCUACCUUGUCUUCCAGCUCUGGACACAUCGCCAGUUGUUCGAAGCUGAAGAGGAUGAAACGGAGGGUGAGAAUUCAUCGGAAGAAGAGGCUGUGAUUGGAUUUGGAAGUGGGUUUGCGUGGCUCGUUGGAAUGACUCUAGUCAUUGCUUUGUUGUCCGAGUAUGUAGUACAAACAAUUGAGGAUGCAUCGAACACUUGGGGUUUGUCAGUAAGCUUUCUAAGCAUAAUUUUGCUCCCAAUUGUUGGAAACGCAGCUGAACAUGCUGGCGCUGUUAUAUUUGCUUUCAAAAACAAGUUGGAUAUUACAUUGGGUGUUGCCUUAGGAUCGGCUACUCAAAUUGCUCUAUUUGUGGUUCCAUUGUGUGUGGUUGUUGCCUGGAUUAUGGGAGUAGAAAUGGAUCUCGACUUCAAUAUUCUUGAAACCUGCUCUCUUGCCCUAGCCAUACUCGCUACAGCUUUUACUCUACAAGAUGGAAGUUCUCACUACUUGAAGGGUCUUGUUCUUUUGCUAUGCUACAUUGUCAUCGGUGCCUGCUUUUUUGUAUCCAAAACCCCAGCUCACAAUGGAAACAAAAUCAACUUGGAACUCUUCAGAUCAUCAGCUUAGAAGCAACUAUAGGUUCGAUCGAUCGAUCGACCUUUUUUUCUGGGGAAAACAAUUGCUGAUUUAUAGUGAGACGAAAAAGCUUAAAGUUCAUUGGGAAUAAUGAUCAAAACAAAGUCAUGAAUACAUGCAUUUGAGAAAUUGUGUUAUUUAUUCAUUUUGAUUGGUCUGGCUCCGAUCCAUAUCGCCUGUGCCGGAGAGCAACACUUCAACUUCUGAUGAUUAGAAAAACCAAUAAUAAUAAUAAUAACAAUGGGGUGAAGCUUGAUGAGAGGGACAGGUGUGCUUAUAUAUAUAUAUAUAUAUAUAUAUCACACAAUAUAUAUAUAUAUAUAUUCUUCCUCUGUCAGAGUGUUAAAUUUCUCUUCUUUCCUCCUUUUUUUUUCUUGUGGUGUCAGUAGUUUUUGUUUUUUGUUUUUUAUAUAUAUAAUAAAUAUUAUUAUAUUCUGUAUGAUGAACAAUGUAACAAGAGCUUCGUACUUUCGCUCUAAUGUAAUGCGAAAUGGAAUAUAAUAAUUGUGUUGUUUGGGUUUGCAA